GACGCCCGCCGCGCGCGGAAGAGCUGGAGCGCCGCGCCCUCGCCGCCGCCGGAGGAGCUGGAGCCGCCACCGGAGCUGAGCCGCCGCGUGAACGCCGGCGACCCCGACCCGGCGGACGAGGCCGAGGCCAACGGCUACAGCAGCGGCCGCAGCCCGAGCGCAGACAGCGGGGACGAGGCGCCCGACGACGACGACGAGGACCCGGCGCCCGAGGCGGGGGCGGCGCGCGGCGCGGAGGAGGCGCGGGGAGGCGGCGGCGGCCUCGGGGCCCGCGGGUCGGGCUGUGCGGACGCGGCCGAGGCCGAGGCGACCCCCGGCACCGUGGACGAGACCGCGGGCACCGGCCCCCGCGGGAACUCGCCCGGAGCCCCGGGCCCGCCGGGGGCCUCGGCGGCGGCGGGGGUCGCGGGGACCACCCCGCAGGGCGCGGCGGCGGCGACGAAGCCCAAACGGAAGCGCACGGGCUCCGACUCCAAGUCCGGGAAGCCGAGGCGCGCGCGCACCGCCUUCACCUACGAGCAGCUCGUGGCGCUGGAGAACAAGUUCAAGGCGACGCGCUACCUGUCGGUCUGCGAGCGCCUCAACCUGGCGCUGUCGCUGAGCCUCACCGAGACGCAGGUGAAGAUCUGGUUCCAGAACCGCCGCACCAAG